AUGGCGAGGUCGCGCUUUUGUCGCGCCGCGCCGCUAAAGCCGUGUUACAUCGGACUUAUCGGUCUAAAAUCUGAUCUGAUAAGAUUUAAUCCCCCCAGGUUUCCCAUCAUUACCAACUUCCACUUCAACAGCUCUACCAGUAGAACUUCCAAUUCAAUGUCUGUCCGGCCAAUACUGCGGCCGUCAUGGCGUGCACUAUCGAAGUUCCCAUCGAAACGCCUUAUGAGUCGACAUGCGCCGCCCUUCCCCACCAUUCCCUCAUGCCCCGCAGCGAAUUGCACCUGUGCGCCCAUGCCAGAAUUCCCAGAGGGACUCGAAAUCGACCAUAGCAAACCAUUGAAUGGGACAAUGGCACCAUAUGCUGAACAGCUCCUCGUCUGCACUGGGCAGCCAGACUGGGUCGGUCGCGUCGAGGAAGAAAGCGGCGGAGACAACCUCGUCGCUGAUGUAAAAGAGCUCGUCGGCCGAGGGGGCAUGUACUCCGACCCCUAUCACAACACUCCGUUAACAAACUCCUCAUUUCAACCCACGACACCACCACCAUACCUCCGAGAUGUCCCAACAACAUCUGCGUACCUCCUCCCGUCAUUCACAUAUGUCCCUCUCAUCCCCCGCUCCUUUGACGCCGUCCAAGCCCUCGUUAAAGGCUACCUCCUCCCCACCAAGCUCAACCCUGCCCACGAGGUCCUAUCGCCCAUCCACCAAGACCGGCUGAAGCGGUCGGAGGCAUACCAGGCGUUCCUGCCGCCUGCGCAGGAGGUCGAGGAUGUCCUGGUCCUGAUCUGCGGACAUGGGGGACGCGAUGCGAGGUGUGGCAUCCUCGGGCCGGUACUGGUGAAGGAGUUUGAAGGGGCAUUACCCAGAGCUGGGGUGGAGGUGCUGGUUGGUCCAGUGCCCCUGGCGACACCUUCGAAGCAACCCCGCGAAGCCAUCACUGGGCCUGGUGUGUCUGAGGAGGGCGAGGAGCUAGGGAUGAGCGCCAGAGUAGGGUUGAUUAGCCAUAUUGGCGGGCACAAGUUCGCGGGGAACGUGAUCCUAUAUAUCCCGCCCUCGGCGAAGUUAAAGGGAGGAGAUCCGCAUCCGCUGAGGGGCAUGGGUAUUUGGUAUGGAAGGGUUGAGCCGAAGCAUGUGGAGGGUAUUAUAACUGAGACGCUAGGGGAGGGCAAGGUAAUCAUGGACUUGUUUAGAGGGGGGGUGGAGAAGGGGAAGGGCGUGUUGCGGUUGUAGAUGUAUUAAGAG